AUGGGAUGUGCCCCGAUGGGACACAUACUGUAUGAUGAGGUUAUGAGGUACAAUCCUAAGAACCCCUAUUGGUUCAAUCGUGACCGCUUUGUGCUUUCCGCUGGGCAUGGGUGUAUGCUACAGUACGCACUUCUUCACCUGGCCGGAUACGACGCCGUCAAGGAAGAGGACUUGAAGAGUUUCCGUCAGUGGGGAAGCAAGACGCCUGGUCAUCCAGAGAACUUUGAGACUCCUGGUGUUGAAGUCACCACUGGCCCACUUGGACAAGGUAUUGCCAAUGCCGUUGGUUUGGCGCUUGCAGAGAAGCAUUUGGCUGCAAGAUAUAACAAACCAGAUAACGAGAUAGUUGACCAUUACACAUAUGUCAUUCUUGGUGAUGGUUGUCAAAUGGAGGGUAUCUCAAAUGAAGCCUGCUCCCUUGCUGGACACUGGGGGCUCGGAAAGUUAAUUGCCUUUUAUGAUGACAACCACAUCUCCAUUGAUGGUGACACAGAGAUUGCUUUUACUGAAAAUGUUGAUACCCGUUUCGAGGCUCUCGGUUGGCACGUGAUCUGGGUGAAGAACGGUAACACUGGUUAUGAUGAAAUCCGGGCUGCCAUCAAUGAAGCAAAGGCUGUCAAAGACAAGCCUACUUUGAUCAAGGUUACUACAACAAUUGGCUUUGGUUCACCAAACAAGGCCAAUUCAUACAGUGUCCAUGGAAGUGCUUUGGGUGCCAAGGAAGUCGAAGCCACUAGACAAAACCUAGGAUGGCCGUAUGAGCCUUUCCACGUGCCUGAGGAUGUGAAGAACCAUUGGAGCCGACACGUUGCUGGGGGAGCUGCUUUCGAAGCCGAAUGGAAUGCCAAGUUUUCUGAAUAUGAAAAGAAGUACCCAGAGGAAGCAGCCGAGUUGAAAUCUAUCAUCACUGGUGAACUCCCCGCUGGUUGGGAGAAGGCCCUUCCUACAUACACACCCGAAUCCCCUGGGGACGCGACCCGCAACCUCUCCCAACAGAACCUCAACGCCCUGGCCAAGGUCCUCCCGGGCCUCCUCGAGGCCGGCGUUAUCUACGUAAUGACCCACGACUCAAUUGGGCUCGGAGAAGACGGGCCCACCCACCAGCCCAUCGAGCACCUCGCCAGCUUCCGGGCCAUGCCCAAUAUCCUCAUGCUCCGCCCGGCCGACGGCAAUGAAACUGCCGGUGCUUAUAAAGUGGCAGUUCUCAACAAGAAGCGGCCCUCCGUGCUAGCCCUCUCUCGGCAGAAGCUGCCUCAGCUGCCCGGGACUUCUAUUGAAGGGGUCGAGAAAGGAGGGUAUAUCGUUUCAGAUAACUCGUCUGGCAACAAGCCUGACGUGAUUUUGAUAGGGACAGGUUCGGAAUUGGAGAUUGCGGUCAAGGCUGCGGACGAGCUCAGAAAGGAAGGGAAGGGUGUGAGGGUAGUCUCGUUUGUGUGUUGGGAGCUUUUUGACGAGCAGUCGGACGAGUAUAAAGAGAGUGUGCUGCCUGCUUCGGUUACGGCUAGGGUUAGCAUUGAGGCGGGGUCAACCUUCGGUUGGGAGAAGAUUGUGGGAGCUAAGGGGAAGGCGAUCGGGAUUGACCGGUUUGGGGCGAGUGCUCCUGCAGGGAAGAUAUAUAAGGAGUUUGGGAUUACAGCUGAAGCAGUUAUAGCUGCCGCGAAGGAAUUGUCUUAG